UUUGCUGGUACAGAACAUUGCCGCUGCCCAAGUCAUUCCCCUCCCCCUAGUCGGCUGCUAUCUGAUCUAUGAUGAUAUGUGAUCUCUUGGAUACUACCUCUCUCUCUCACACACACACAUACACACAUGUCAGACAUUGCUGCUCCGCUGUGCACAAUGCCUCUAUCUUAGCACUGCUCUGUGCUAUCAAUCCUUUACAAUGUUGCCAUGUUUCCUUCUUUUGAUCUCACCAUUGUUUUGCUUUUCCUGCCUGCUCAUGUUGCCUUUGGGGUUCCUUUGCCCUUCUGUUUGUAUUUGUAUGGAUUACCAUACUAUAGAUUGCAGGGACCAAGGACUUCCAAGCCUGCCUAGUUCAUUUCCAUUGGAUGUGCGGAAACUUCUUGCAGCCAACAACCACAUUCAGACUAUACCAGCAGACCUCCUUUUAUUUUACGGAGAUCUUAUAUAUCUGGACCUCAAGAACAACUCAUUAACCUCAAUAGAAGAAGGGACCUUCAUCAGUUCUUCCAGACUGUUGUUUUUAGAUCUAAGCUAUAACAACCUGACGCAGCUGGAUGCUGGGGUUUUUAAAUCCGCAGAAAAGCUUAUCAAGUUGUAUUUAGGGAAUAAUAAUCUUUCGGAAGUGCACAAAGCUGCAUUUGAAAGCCUGAGCUCCCUCCAGGUAUUGGAACUAAAUAACAAUAAUUUACAAAGUUUGAGUGUAACAGCCCUGGAAGCACUCACAUCCCUUCGCAAUAUCCGCUUGGAUGGUAACCCUUGGAUAUGUGACUGUGACUUUGCCAAUCUCUUUUUUUGGAUUGAUGAAAAUGCAAAGAAACUGCAAAAAGGUGUGGAAGAAAUCCAGUGCACAUUAGAAGAUCGGAGAAUUUUCCUGCAUGAGCUAUCGGACAUCAGUUUCAGGGAAUGCAAAUACAGAUUGUCAACCAUAGACUUUUUGAUUAUAUUUUUAUCUGGGGUGGUUGUUUCAAUCGCUGCCAUUUUCUCAAGUUUUUUCUUGGCUACAACAGUACACUGCUUCCAAAGAUGUGCUCCAAGCAAAGACGAGGAUGAAGACGAGGAAUAAGAAAUACCAACAUUUCUAUUUAGUUUUUGUUUUCAUCCAAAUGGAUAGACCAAAUAAUAUAAUAUAUUCCAUCAUAUGAAUUGUAGAAAAAUAAAGGCAGGCUAUUAUUCAAUUUAAAAUGAUUCAGAAACACGAGAGAACAUCAAGAGGAAACAAUUUCAUUAUGACUUGAUAAAAAGGCCCUCAAAGCCAAGAAAACAUUAUGGUCAUUAUUUAUAAAUGACAAAGGGUGCUGUAUAGUUAGUAUAAACAUCCUCCUGAAAGAUAAUUGAAUUCUGCAUUUUAGCUGUCAUUUUCAGAUUAGCUAUCUAUCAUCUGUUUGUCUGUCCAUCCAUUAUCUAUCUUUCAUCCGUCUGUCCAUCUAUCCAUUA